AACCCCUACCCUAACCUUACCAAGGCACCGGCUUCGUCGUCGUCGUCGUCGUCCCUUUUCUUGCGCAACUCUGGAUCCGGCUCUGGAGCCCAUGUCGUCGAUGAACGGAGAGCUUACUCCGAUGAGGAUAUCCUCUCGAGAGUUGACAGAGAAGCUUCGAUUCUUACACCGCCUCUUCAUCUGAAUACGUUGAGUUGUUGCUUAAUAUAGUGUGGAUUGAUUAGGAUUAGGCUUCUCAUAGGGGUUUUCUGUGGAGAUGGAAGAGAGGUCGAGAGUCUGAUAGAGAGAUCCAGUAGGGGAGAUGAGCUAUAUGGCCGCUACAGGGGCGGAGGAGGAGGAGGAGGAGGAGGAGGAGAGUGUGGCGGCUACGGCAGAAGUGGAGAUCCACUUGCCGGCGGAGGUGGACUGGGAGAUGCUCGACAAGUGGCGAUUUUUCGUUCUCGGCGCGGCCCUUUUCUCCGGCGUAUCUGCGGCUCUCUACCCGGCUGUCGUCCUCAAGACUCGGAUUCAAGUUGCGCAGCCGCCGUCUCCGUGCCUCCUCCGUGCGGUCGCGUCCAUCCUCCGCCAUGAGGGUCCCCGUGGAUUCUACCGCGGAUUCGCCACCUCCCUCGCAGGUACCGUCCCCGCGAGGGCGCUUUACAUGGGCGCACUCGAGGCCACAAAGAGCGCUGUCGGUACAGCGACCCUACGCUUCGGCGUCCCUGAGCCUGCAGCUUCGGCUGCCGCCUCCGCUGCCGCUGGCCUUAGCGCGGCCAUCGCCGCCCAGUUCGUCUGGACGCCGAUCGAUGUGGUCAGCCAACGCCUCAUGGUGCAGGGCUCCGCUGCCGCUGCUAAGUACCGCGGUGGUGUUGACGCUUUCAAGAAGAUCCUUUGCUCCGAUGGCCUUCGCGGCCUCUACAGAGGGUUCGGAAUGUCGAUCCUCACCUAUGCGCCAUCAAACGCCGUUUGGUGGGCCUCCUACAACCUUUCUCAGAGACUCAUCUGGAGUGGUAUCGGCUACCACAUGACCGAAGGAGGUGGCGAGUUGAGGCCGAGUUACGGAGCUGUGAUGGCAGUUCAGGGGGUGAGCGCAGCGAUGGCUGGUGGAGCGUCCGCAGUCAUGACGAUGCCGCUUGACACGAUCAAGACAAGGAUGCAGGUGUUGGAUGGUGAGGGUGAGAGGAUGACAAUUGGGCGAACAGUGAGGAGCCUUCUGAGAGAAGGGGGUUGGGGAGCAUGCUACCGAGGGCUGGGUCCGAGGUGGGUUUCGAUGUCAUUGUCCGCCACCACCAUGAUCACCACCUAUGAGCUCUUGAAGAGGCUUUCAACCAAAGAAUCUCCAUGAGGAACUGUCAGCAUUUUGGAUAAGGGAAUAUUGCUUCUGGUCAGGCAAGUGGUUCUUUUGAAUGGCUUGCAAGGAUAAGAUCUCCAGCACGGCCUCUACGUCUAAAGAGAGUGAUAAAAGAGUCCAAUCUAAUCAGAGCCCCUUGGUUAUCAGAUCCAGAGGUGCUUAUUCUAACUUAUGCAUUUAAUAUCGAAAAGUGCCUGCACAUGGGCUCAGAUUUAGUAGUUGCUUGAAUAAAUAAAAGAUAUUUUCCUUUUUGUCAUGGACAACAACUCGUUCUGUAAAUAAAAUGAGAGAAACCUGGAGAGAUUCUCUUUC